CACCGGCCCUCCCCUGCUUGGCCCUGCCACCGGCCCUCUCCACCUUGGGCCCUGCCACCGGCCCUCCUCUCCUGGGCCUGCCACCGGCCCUCUCCAUCUUGGGCCCUUCCACCAGCCCUCACCAUGUUGGGCCCUGCCACCGGCCCUCUCUAUCUUCGGCCCUUCCACCGGCCCUCUCCAUCUUUGGCCCUGCCACCGGCCCUCCCCAUCUUGGGCCCUUCCACCAGCCCUCACAAUCUUGGGCCCUGCCACCGGCCCUCUCUAUCUUUGGCCCUUCCACCGGCCCUCUCCAUCUUGGGCCCUGCCACCGGCCCUCUCCAUCUUUGGCCCUUCCACUGGCCCUCUCCAUCUUGGGCCCUUCCACCGGCCCUCUUUACCUUGGGCCCUGCCACCUGCCCUGUUUUACAGGCCAGCACCAUCACUCACUCACUUCAGUCACUCACCAAUGGCUGUUUCACUGUUAGUGGGUAGCACUUAGUAUUGUACUGGGGGCAGAGAUGCUAGGUGACCAAUAGGGCGUGUGAUGGAGCCUGUGGUACAUGAUGAAUCUAUGAGAUGAUUUCAUCUCUCCUGCUGAUGCCACAAGCUUUAUAGUUACUGGCACCUCAGCAACUCACCUUUCGGUGCAAUUACAUAGGCUGCCUGCAUCAUUUCUGAGCCAUUUCUUUCUUUUCUUUUACUUUUGGCCUGGUUUGUGCUUUUAUGACUUUUUUGUGGGUGAAUCAACAUAAUUGUGGUGCAGCUUUUGUAUUUGGUGUCAUGAUGUAAAAAAAAUAAGCCACAAAUGUAUUGCAUCUCAUUCUAUCUAGGAGAAGUUGCAAAUAUUCUGCAGGUUUUGUUAUUCUCUAGGAUUUUGGUAAAAAUCAGACCAAAUGUCUUUUUCCUUUCUUCCAUGCCAAAACGCGGACUUUUACGAGGAAUUGCAUCCAGAAUUCUGCAUACAGUAAAGCAAGGAUAGCGCCUCUAAAUGCCAAAAGAAUGUCGUUAUCCGAGAAACAAUGGCGCCUCUGGACACCGUGUGCAGACCUGGAGCAAAUAAGCAGCCUCACAUUCCAGUUGUGCAAGUAGAAAGCCAUGGAUUCAAGCCUAAGGAACCACUUGCACAAUGAAUCACACACAAACCUACUGAUCUGACUUUCCAAAUCCCACAGACAGGAAUGGGAAAUUACUUGUUUCUCCUCAUUUUCUGUGUUUAUUUCUUUUUUCCAUUUUGAUCUAAUCAUUGUUUAACUAUUGAUUCCCUUUUCCUGUAAAACUUUUAUAAAUGAAUAAAAAAAUGAAAAAGAAAAGGAAAGGUAUCUGAGUUCUUACUGACAGUUAUGGCCCAGCUAAUAACCUGGAGUUUGUUCCUAGAAAUAGUAAAUUUGUGGGAGGAUAUUAGUUACAUGUUAUAGUUAUAUAGUUAUAUUGGGCAAAGCCAGCGACAUGUUUAGCUAUUUCACUGAGGUGUAAUAUUCUAUAUUCAGAGGAGCACAGACUGGGAACUGGUGGCAGGGCUUGGAACUAGGAGUAGGCAGAACAGGCAGCUGCCAGGGAGGGAGCAAGUACCUCUUGGCCCGGUUGGUUCCCUUGGUGCAGUAGCUACAGGUAACCAUGUAGAAAAAAUGAACUUGUACUGUGCUAUUUGUAAAGUGAUGCUCGUAAUAUUUCAUGGGGGUCACAGUGCAAAGGGGUGCUGAUUUUAGGCAUUGAUUGUCAUUACUAUAGAAUUUUGCUUAGUAGAAUGGAGUUACAUUGCUAUAACAGAGCUCCAGACACUAAUAGACAUCUUUCCACACUGCAGCUUGGUAUUAUCACGAGUCAGAACUUUUCUUUUAUGGCCAGAGGAACUGCUUGAGGAAACAAUAGCAGCACGCACCUUUACUGCAAUUGAAACAUUUUAUAUCAUGGAAAUUAAAUGGAUGCAAAUAUUGUGGGUAUUGUCUCCAUUUAUUAAUGGUACUUGUGCCCUAGCACAAUCCUGCAACUUGCAUAUAGUGGCACUACCCUGAACAUAAUGGUAAUUAUAGUGCUCCCACAAACAGGCAUAGCUGCCAUCAGAAACUUUAGGGCCCUGUACAAGUUAUUUAUAUGGGGCCCCAUGAACAGAAGCACGCAGUACCAACAUUAUGGUCACGCUCCUUGUGCAAUAUAAACAGCUGAUGUUACUCUAUAAUAAGCAGUUCAUAUAAAGUUUUCCAUUGAAUAAUGUGCUAAGGCUAAUGCGUAUGGUGUAUAUUUUCAGCAAGCCGAAAAAACGAUUGGCGAGAAUAUAAACCAUACGCUUUUACCUGUGGCUGCACCCAAAUGAAUGGAAUACACUGAAAUCCGCAUAAAAAUGUGAGAAAAUGCAAAGUCUCACUUUUUUUGUGGAUUUCGGCUACAUGUGCCUGCACUGAAGCAUAUUCCAUUCAUUCGGGUUCAGGCACAGGUAGGAGCGUAUGGCACAUAUUCUCAGCAUUUCUCAGCUUGCUGAAAAUAUGCGACAUACGCAAUGUGUGGCAUGAGCCUAAGAAACCUAUUAUUGGGGUUCAGUGGAUUUUGCCCUAAAAUUAACCUGCUCCUGCUCUGUGCUGUCAUUGCUUGAUAUGAAAGAUAGGUAAGUUUUUGCAUAAGUUACAUAAACUGCAGAAGUUUAGGGGCCCAAUGAUAUUGAUUUAAAAAGGAUUUUAAGACAUUUACUGCAGUCCCAUUUAGUUCAGUCCUAUCUUAUUUGUAGUAUGAAUGCACUUUAUCCUUUCUGCCUUCUGUGAUACCCAUAAAGGGAAUGGCAAUAUAGCACUGUUUACAUCUUGAAUCAUUUUAAAAUUAUCUUUUUCUUUCCAUACUUCCUUGCUGUGUGGUCCAUCUAUUACCUGUACCAGGAAGGGAAAUGUCUCCAGUACACUUAAUGAUCUUUACUGUUUUGCAUGUAUUUGAUUUCAGAUAAUUAAAAUUGACUUUUUUCCCAUCUUAUGUAUUUUGUAGAGCUAAAGGAAAGCAAGCAGAUCUUAUCAAUCACAAAGGUUUUCAGAGUUGAGAAGAUUGGUUCCCUGCCCAUAACCAUACGGUCUAUGAAAAUUAAUGGUUACAGCUGCCAAGGCUUUGGUUUUGAAGUGCUGGACUGCCAUGCCUUUUCUCUCAACCAAAACUCAUCUAGAGAAAUUAGUAUUGUGUUCAUUGCAGAUUUCACAUCUUCGUGGGUCAUUCGUGAGUUGACUCUUGUGAGUGCUUCCAAUCUAGAGUUUCGUUUUACACUUAACGUGACUCUGCCUCACCAUUUGCUCCCACUGUGUGCAGACGGUGUUCCAGACCCAAGCUGGGAAAAUUCUUUCUGGAAGGUUACUGUGAUGUGUGUCAGGGGAAGUUGCAAGAAUUACACAGAUUCCUUUAGCUCCCCUGAUAGAGGAAAAGGAAGAGGGUGUCUGACUGUCACAGCACCCCAGAACAGAAGCCAGAAUGCAUCCAAGAGGGGUCGUGCACCGUACAGCCACUCUCAGAAGAAGCACAAGUGCUCGGUGCACUACAGUGUAAAGCAAAAAUCCUCAAGCAGCACAGCAAGCAGUGUUGCCACAUUGUGUGAUGCAAGUGAACAGCAAACCUCAGAUAUGCCCUCUGCUACCCCAAAGGACUCUGAUUGUAAUGAGAUCCUGAACCUUAAUUCUACAGAAUCCAGAGAUACGGAUAAUGAAAGGCACUUAUCCAGCCCAGACAGCAAUCUGGGCAAAGAGGAACCUGCAAAGCAAGAUCCUCACCUCCAACAAAGGACUGCUAAUGAAAGCCCUUUGAAGGAAAAGCCUGUUCUAUGUAUGUUUCCUGUGGAAACAAAUUUGAAAACAUCAGAGAGUCUAUCUGAGCCCAAACUGCAGCCGGACUUCUGUGAUCUUCCUGUGCCUAGUAAAAUGUCUGUAAGUCACCUGUCAAAGAAUCUGUCAAAUCCACAGAUGGAAUCUCAGACUGUUUCUAAGAAGAAUGAGGGGAACAGGCAGCAGACACCCCCUACCUCACACAGAGAGGUCUUGGAAUCUACAAGAAAACAAGCAGCAAAAGAUGCUUCUAAUGAGGAGAUUUCCCGUAGCACUUCCAGGGAGGAGAAACUUUGUGGGCGAAAUGAUGCACUUGCAGCAAUUAAGCACGAAGAGCCACUUAGGGAAAAAAGCCCCAUCGACGAGAGGGAUGGGAUUUUCCAAAAUGAAAAUUGGAAUAAAAACAGAUCUUCUGCCAGAAAAAAAGAAAAAGAGAAACAGCUUUUUUCCUGCAAGGUGCCUCCUUCACCCACUCCUUUCAAACGGAUAAGCUUUUGUUUCCUUGAUUUUUAUUGCAUGACAACUUGGCCUCACUCGUCUUGUGACUUUUUACAUUUAGUCGUGGCCUUGCUUGAAUAUAAUCUAUUGCUUGUUUUGUCACCCUCCCAUCCUACGUUUUUCAGAUGAUGAAAGUCCUGUUUAUUGUGGGAAAAGGUCUAAUAACUGAAUCCGAAUAUAAAAUAUUACGUAAUUAAAGCAAAUGUUAUUGUAA